GCGCGCGCGACAAACCGCUGCCUCGGCUUCCAUACAAACCCGCUCCGUUUGUCAGCGUUUGAGGUGACAGGUGAGCAGGUGGGCUGCGUGUAAAACUACCAGUUUCUGUUUUCGGAAACGAAUUGAGACACAAGAGGCUUCACUGACCCAUCGGAGAAGAAGCUGCACAACAACCUAGAAGAAAGUGACAUCACACUUUAUCAUCCCCUCACUCUUCGUAUGUUUCUUUCUGUUUCAUUGAGUCAGUAUGAGGCUGAAGCAGGAUGUGAGUCCGGUAGUGGUCGUCAUAUUCAGACUGGUGGUUUGGCUGUACUCGCUCAUCUCUUACCUGCCAUACCUGUUGCUGAGAUCGCCCGACUCGCAAUCAUUCUCCGAGUGCUCACGGAGGGUAAAGGCCCGUUCUGUUAGCGGACACUCUUCGGGACCCUACCGGGAUGUCGGAGCGCUGAGGGCUCUGGCCACAUGCAUACAGCCAGGGGUGAACACACUCGAUCGGGUGUUUGAAUCGUCCGUGUGCCGCAGUCCCCACCUCGACUGUCUGGGAACCAGAGAGCUGCUGAGCAAGGAAGACGAAACUCAAGAGGAUGGAAGAGUCUUUAAGAAGUUGAUUUUGGGAGAGUAUCGCUGGAUGUCGUAUGAUCAGGUGUAUAAAGAAGUGAGAGCUUUUGGGAGCGGUUUGGCUGCUCUAGGACAGAAACCUCUGAAAAACAUUGCCAUCUUCUGCGAGACAAGAGCGGAGUGGAUCAUAGCGGCGCAGGCCUGUUUCAUGUACAACUUCCCAUUGGUCACUCUUUACUCUACUCUGGGUGGUCCUGCUAUUGCUCAUGGACUCAAUGAAGCUGAAGUUUCUCACAUCAUCACCAGCAAAGACCUUCUGGAAACCAAACUCAAGAAUAUUUUGAUAGAGGUGCCGAGAUUGCGACACAUCAUUGUUGUGGACGAUAAACUCAAAAUCGGCUCCGAAUACCCACGAGGCAUCAGUGUCCACAGCAUGGCGGCUGUGAAGAAGCUGGGGGCCCAUCCUGAGAAUGCGUCGAAGCAGAGACAGCCUCCGUGUGCGUCUGAUGUGGCUGUGAUCAUGUACACCAGCGGCUCCACCGGCGUGCCAAAAGGAGUCAUGAUCUCCCACAGUAAUAUUAUAGCCGGGAUCACCGGCAUGGCCGAGAGAAUUCCCAAACUCGGUGAGGAUGACACAUACAUUGGCUAUCUUCCACUGGCUCACGUGUUGGAGUUGAGCGCUGAGAUGGUGUGUUUGGCUCACGGCUGCAGAAUCGGCUACUCUUCACCACAAACACUCUCAGACCAGUCAACCAAGAUAAAGAAGGGAAGCAAAGGAGACAUUAGCGUCCUGCGGCCCACUUUAAUGGCAGCAGUACCAGAGAUAAUGGAUCGCAUCUACAAGAAUGUGAUGCUGAAAGUAGAGGAAAUGAGUGUUUUUCAGAGGACUCUCUUCCUGCUGGCCUACAACUACAAGAUGGAGCAGCUUGCGAUGGGAUACAGCACCCCGCUGUGUGACAAACUGGUAUUCCGGAAAGUUCGGGCGUUGUUAGGCGGACGUUUGCGAGUGUUAUUGUCAGGCGGCGCACCUCUGUCUGCGGCGACCCAGCGGUUCAUGAACAUCUGCUUCUGCUGUCCCGUAGGUCAAGGCUACGGCCUCACGGAGACCUGCGGCGCUGGGACAAUCAGCCAACUUUGGGAUUACAGUACAGGACGAGUCGGGGCUCCGCUGGUUUGCUGUGAAAUUCAGCUGAAGGACUGGAUGGAGGGUGGAUAUCGCAGCACGGACCGGCCCUGUCCGCGAGGGGAGAUUCUGGUCGGUGGGCCCAACGUAACCAUGGGUUACUACAAGAACAAAGACAAGAGCGGUGAGGACUUCUUCGUGGAUAAAAAAGGCCAGCGAUGGUUCUGCACCGGAGACAUCGGAGAGUUUCACGGAGACGGCUGUCUGAAAAUUAUCGACCGCAAGAAGGACCUAGUGAAGCUUCAAGCGGGAGAAUACGUGUCUCUGGGAAAAGUGGAGGCCGUUUUGAAAAACUGCCCACUCGUCGACAACAUCUGCGCCUAUGCCAACAGUGACGAGUCUUACGUGAUUGGCUUUGUGGUGCCCAAUCAGAAACAGCUGCUGGCGUUGGCUGAGAGGAAGUGUGUCAGAGGUUUGUGGGAGGAGCUCUGUAACAACCCCAUCAUCGAGGAGGAGGUGCUUAAAAUCAUCACAGAAACCGCACUGACAGCCCAGUUAGAAAGAUUCGAGAUCCCACGGAAGAUCCGGCUCAGCGUUGAGCCCUGGACCCCAGAGACCGGCCUGGUUACAGACGCUUUUAAACUCAAACGAAAGGAGCUCAAAACUCACUACCAGAACGACAUUGAGAGGAUGUACGGUGCCAAAUAGAGCUGAACUAUUGUUGAUUCCAGACAAAACCACUGGACAGGCAAGAAAAAGUAACUUUUCACUCCAAUCAGGAUGGAGAUUUCCAAUGGAUCUUACAGACACUUUCAUGUAAUGUGAUGAUAAACACUCACAACCAGCAAUACUUAAAGGUGCCAAAAGUGAUGUUAGCCUUGCUAAUGUCUGCCAGACUUAGCUGCUAAAUUAGGGAUCUUUCCAUCCCUGCAUGCUCUCCAAAACCUCCCAAAGAUAUGUCAAUAAAUCAGAACAUGUAAAAUAAUUGACAAGAAAAAAGGUUCAGUGCUCUAAAUAGAUAGAUGCAUCCAAUUAAUUCAAUAAUAAUGGCUCAAUCAGACUGAGAAGACUUCAUGUAAACACCUUGAUUGAGCCGACUGAGCUUGGUUCGCAUGACAUUUCAGUCAGAUUGGAAAAAAUUAAGCUUAUCGGAUGCAAAAAAAUAGCUUGUCAUACAAACUCAAAAACAACGUCAUACAAAUGUGUUUGUUCAUUUACAUCUCACAUUAAAUGAACUGGUCUGAAUAUUUAUUAAAUACAGUAUUUGCUAAAAAAAAAACUUCUUACAUACACUACCAGUCAAAAAAUUUUGUACAGUAAGAUUUUUAAUGUUUUUUUUGUUUGUUUUUUUUUUAAGUAUACUAGGCCUGCUUUCAUUUGUUAAAAUAUUAUAAUAUUAAUAUUAAUAAUUAAUAUUAUUUUAAAAAGUAACAUUUUUAAAUAUUUUUACUUUUUAAAAUAACUAUUUUCUAUUUUAAAAAUUUCUAUUUUAUUUAAAAUGUAAUUUAUUCCUGUAACAAUAUAUUCCAGUCACAUGAUCAUUUAGAAAUCAUUCUACCAUUCAGAUUUGCUGCUCAAAAACAUUUAUUUUUAUUAUGCUAAAAACAGCCGAGUAGAUUUUUUUUCAGGUUUCUUUGAUGAACAGAAAGUUCAGAAGAACAGCAUUUAUCUUAAAUAGAAAUAUUUGUAACAUUAUAAAUGUCUUUAUCAUCACUUUUGACCAAUUUAAAGCAUCCUUGCUAAAUAAAAGUAUUAAUUUCUAUAAAUUUCUUUUCCUAAAAAAAAAAAAUAAUAAUAAUAAAAUUAUACCAACUCAAAGCUUUUGAACGGUGUAGUGUAUAAUAUUACAAAAGCUUUUUAUUUCAUAUAAAUGCUGAUCUUUGGAUCUUUCUGUUCAUCAAAGAAUCCUAAAUUUUGAUGAUAAUAAUAAUAUUAUUAUUAAUAAUUAGAAAUUUUUCUUGAGCAGCAAAUCAACAUAUUAGAAUGAUUUCUGAAGGAUCAUGCGACACUGAAGACUGGAGUAAUGAUGCUGAAAAUGUAGCUUUGAUCACACAAAUAAAUUGGUGAGCAUAAGAAAAUUCUUUAAAACAAAAAUCUUUUGAAAAACAAAAAACCUUUGACUGGUAGUGUACAUGUCAGUUUUUGUUUUAGAAAUCAAGGCAAAAACCACUUGCAGUAUCUUAGGAUAAAGUGCUGGACUGGAUUCAAACCAGUUGACGAAAAUAACGCUAAUAUGUAAACAUACCUAAAACGUGAUUUCUCAGGACUUGUUAUGCAUGCUAUUCCACAAAAAAGCUUUAUCAUGGUUUAAAAUAUUUCCCAUGAUGGACAAAAUGUUACUGGACAAACUAAAUCAAAGACUCUCAGAUUACAGAAGCCAGUUUCACAGUAGGUCAGUCUCACACUAAAACUGUCCCAGUUCAGCCCCCUACACAAACAAUGCAUCAUGGGGUAUGUUUUUCUAAGCUCACGUUCUCAUUGAAACCGUCAGUUUCAAACAAAUACAACUUGUAGAUAUCUUAAUGAAACUCUUCCAACAUCAGUUUACAUAAGCAAUUUUCUGUGCAAACACGUCAGGAAUUUGAAAGCCAUUAUUUGCUUAUUUUCCAUACCCUUCAUUUAAUACUGUCCGGAGACCAAUGAUCUAGAAAAAUCAAAUAUGUUUAAGCUUAAUUUAAAUUAUUGUUGCAAUAAUUAUCUUUAUUUAAAUAUAAGAAUAAUUAAAGGACAUUAUAGCUUAUAGGAAAGUAUGAAAUCCCUAAAGCAUUUCUGCUCAAUGGAUGAUUCUGAUUGAUGUUCCUAUAUAUGUAUAUCCUGCUGGACAGGAUAACAGAUCUAGUAUAAUUCUACUAAUAUAAACCAUUCAGCCAGGUCCAUUACACAUUUUGGCUUGAAUGAACUCAUUUCAGGGAGAUUUUCCAU